UUAAAGCCCUGAUACACAAAUGCUGAAGCCACACUCUCUGGCCUCUGAAAAUGAUCCUCUUGAAUCCUCUAGUGGAUGGUUUUUGUCCGGCGACGCUGACGUUCGUGCCGGCCCGUCGAGGAUGUUCUUCUGAUGAAGACUGCCCUGGAGGACACAAAUGCUGUCGAUUUGACUGUGGGCCUGUUUGUGUGCUGCCUGUUUUCAGUGAGUUUCAUUUAAUGGCUGCUAAGGGUCUUAAAACAACACCCGUAACCCGUUGAAUUCCAUGUUGGUUUUAAGCAGAAAUGUUUCCUUGUUCUCGUCUGAAGUAGGUUUUGAAUCUAUCACUUGGGAUAGAUUAAUGCACAGGAUGACUUCACAAAAGAGGAAUAAUACUAACUUGUUGUUCAUGCUUUGAGUGUGUCGUGCUGUAUAUUGAAGUGGCUGACUAUGUGCACAAACUAAAGCUGACCGUCUGUGUGCACGCAGUGAAGCCGGGUCAGUGUCCCUUACCAGAGAUGAUCCCACUGUGUGCUGAAAGCUGUUUCCAUGAUGGCUAGUGUCCUGCCACACAGAAGUGUUGCCCAACCACCGGUGGCUUUGCAUGCAGCGAACCACGUGGUCAGGGAAGAGGUCAAAUGAGCUGUCAGGGACAUGGACCGGGUCGUGGACAGGGCCAAGGAAGCGGACAAGGUCAGGGCCAGGGUCAGGGACAGGGCCAGGGUCAGGGACAAGGUCAGGGACAAGGUCAGGGACAGGGCCAGGGUCAGGGACAAGGUCAGGGACAGGGCCAGGGUCAGGGACAAGGUCAGGGUCAGGGACAAGGUCAGGGACAGGGCCAGGGUCAGGGACAAGGUCAGGGACAGGGCCAGGGUCAGGGACAAGGUCAGGGACAGGGCCAGGGAAGCGGCCAAGGUCAGGGACAGGGCCAGGGAAGCGGCCAAGGUCAGGGACAGGGCCAGGGACAGGGCCAGGGAAGCGGCCAGGGUCAGGGACAGGGCCAGGGAAGCGGCCAGGGUCAGGGACAGGGCCAGGGAAGCGGUCAGGGUCAGGGACGCGGUCAGGGAUGCGGUCAGGGUCAGGGACGCGGUCAGGGACGCGGACAAGGUCAGGGAAGCGGUCAGGGACAGGGACAAGGCCAGGGAAGCGGUCAGGGACAAGGCCAGGGUCAAGGACAAGGCCAGGGAAGCGGUCAGGGACAGGGUCAGGGACAGGGCCAGGGAAGCGGUCAGGGACAAGGCCAGGGAAGCGGUCAGGGACAGGGACAAGGUCAGGGACAGGGCCAGGGACAAGUUCAGGGACAAGGCCAGGGUCAGGGACAGGGCCAGGGAAGCGGUCAGGGACAGGGCCAGGGAAGCGGUCAGGGACAGGGCCAAGGCCAGUGAAGCGGUCAGGGACCGGGUCAGGGACAAGGUCAGGGCCAGGUCCAGGGAAGCGGCCAGGGACAGGGCCAGGGAAGCGGUCAGGGACAGGGUCAGGGCCAAGGCCAGUGAAGCGGUCAGGGACCGGGUCAGGGACAAGGUCAGGGCCAGGGCCAGGUCCAGGUCCAGGGGAGCGGCCAGGGACAGGGCCAGGGACAAGGUCAGGGACAAGGUCAGGGAAGCGGUCAGGGACAAGGCCAGGGUCAGGGACAGGGACAAGGUCAGGGAAGCGGUCAGGGCCAAGGACAGGGACAAGGCCAGGGUCA